CACGCUUCUUUUUUUCUUUAAGGAUUGUCUGUUGUGUCAGCCAAAAUGAGCGAUCAACUUAAAUUCAUUGUUGAAAAGCUCAGUAAGGAGCCUUUUAAGAAGAACUUUAACCUCAUAACGUUUGAUUCGCUGGAGCCCAUGCAGCUUUUACAAGUUCUGAAUGAUGUUCUUGCAGAAAUUGACCCAAAGCAUUCUGUCGACAUUCGUGAGGAAACGCCUGAUCAAACAGCAAAGAGAAUGUUAAACAUUCUUGGUAUCCUUAAAUAUAAACCUCCGGGAAAUGCAGCAGACAUGAGUAUGUUUCGCCAAGGUUUGGUUGUUGGAAGUAAACCUGUAAUUCAUCCAGUAUUAUAUUGGCUACUCCAGAAAACAAAUGAGUUGAAGAAGAGAGCUUAUUUGGCCCGUUUUCUGGUAAAAUUAGAUGUUCCUACAGAGUUCUUAGAAGAUGAUGCAGUGUUUGAGACCAACAAGCAGUAUGAAGAACUUAUGGAGAACUUCAAAACCCUUCAUAAAGAUUGUGAGCAGCUUAAAUCAUCAGGCUUCUCCACUGCAGAGAUUAGACGGGACAUCACAGCUAUGGAAGAGGAAAAGGAUCAGCUGAUGAAGAGAGUUGAGCGCCUUAAAAAAAGGGUGGAGACGGUUCAGAAUCAUCAGCGGAUGCUUGAGAUGGCGAGUCAGUUGCGAGUAGAAAAAGAGAGGGAAGAGUCUCUGGCUCAGCAGAAGCAGGAACAAAGAAAUCAGCUGUUUAAUGCAGAACAGAAACUACAAAGAGCCCAACUUCACUUGAAAAACAUGCGACAUGCUGCGACAGAUGCGAAACCUGAAGGCUUAAUGAAAAGACUUGAAGAAGAAAUAAAAUUUAAUUCAUAUAUGGUUUCUGAAAAGCUUCCUAAAGAACUGGAGUCCAAGCGACAGACCUUGAGCUUCAUGCAAAGAGUUGUCAGUGAACAAGUGGUUGACCAAUCUGAUCUUACAGAGCUUGAAGCUAAGAUCCAAGAAGUUAAUACAGAAAUCAAUCAGCUGACUGAAAAGAGAAUGAGAAAUGACCCGACAGAUGACAAACUGUCCCUUUUUCGGCAGCAAGCAGCCAUCAUUUCGCGCAAGAAAGAAACCAAAGCUGAAGAAUUACAGGAUGCUAAGGAAGAGAUUGCCAAUUUCGAGAAAGAGAUAGCACAGAAAUCGAGUCAGGUCCGAGAUUCUGAUGGCUCUGAAAUAUUAAGAGGAGAUGAGUUUAAACGUUAUUUGAGCAAGCUUAGAGGGAAAAGUCUAGUCUUUAAAAAGAAACGUCAAGAACUGGCUGAUCUUACAGCAGAAUGUGGUGUUCUUCAACGAACAGAGCAAAUCCUGAAGCAGCGCCAUGAUAGCUUGCAGCAACAAUUGCAAGCCAUAGAGCAGAAAAGAGGCAUAUCUGGGUACAGUGACACCCAGGAAGAGUUGGAGAGAGUAUCUGCCUUGAAAAGCGAAGUGGAUGAAAUGAAGGGACGAACUCUGGAUGACAUGUCCGAAAUGGUAAAGAAGUUGAACGCCAUGAUAGCGGAUAAGAAGUCGGCACUGGCCCCUGUUAUAAAAGAACUAAGGCCUUUACGUCAGCAAUGUCAGGAGCUGACCCAAGAGCACGAUGAAAAGAAAGCACAAUACGACAGCUGUGCGGCUGGCCUGGAAAGUAACUGCUCCAAGCUAGAGCAGGAAGUCCGAGGCCUUCAGGAAGAGUGCAGUCAAGCAGAAAGUCAAUAUCAUUACAUAAACAUGAUGAUAAAGAUUGCUGAAGGGCAGAUACAGCGUGCAGCAGAUGAGAUGAAAGCCUAUGUCUCUCCAGAUGCUCAGGAAAGGAAGAAAGCUCUCAGGGAGAGGUGCGAGAGCCACAUGAAAUGGCUGGAAGGCUGA